AUGGUCCCCAUUCGUUUACCUCCUACAGCAACCUACCAAAAUCUGGCCUCAAAGAUAUUCUGUUUAUGCUGCCGGGACUGUGAGGAAGCCGUCAUCGAGAGCUCCAAGCCUCCCGGUCAAACCCAAGAGAAUCGGCCACCAUCCUACAGUUCGCAGACUCAGAAGAAUGAGUUAAACAAACCAAAUCGCAAGUACACUAAUGCCCAGUUCCCCACUGGUCAAGAGAAGAGAUUCUCUUCCAGCAGCAGCGAGUUUGAAGAGCUGACUGCAUACAACAUACAAACAGGAUACCCUAAAAAAAAUCUAAACCGCUACUGCCAGGAACACUGGGCCUUCCGGCCGUGCCUCAUCGGGAGACCCUGA